AAUCAGUAUAGUUUCCUGUGCGUAUUUCUGACAUGGGAUCUCUGACAAUUGCAGAACGACUGUUUUUGUAAGGAACAAACCAAUUUGAAAAAAAUGGCUCACCUUCCUAAUAGAUCGGCAAGGCCUCCAAUGAUGUUAAUGGCAGGGAAUUCUCACAGGGAGCUGGCUGCUGAGAUUGCAAAGAAACUAGGUACUAGACUGUGCCAAGCAACCGUAUUCCACAAGUCAAAUAGAGAAACGGCUUUGGAAAUAAGCGAAUCAGUACGUGGCAAGGACAUUUUUAUCAUUCAAACUGGCACUACAAAAGAUGUUAACAAUGAUAUAAUGGAAAUGUUAAUAAUGGCAUACGCGUGUAAAACGUCAUCAGCUAGAAAUAUUGUUGGUGUCAUUCCCUAUUUACCAUAUUGCAAACAGUCAAAGAUGAGAAAACGCGGCUGUAUAGUAUCUAAACUAGUUGCAUCUCUGAUCAGCCGUGCCGGCUUUAAUCAGAUUAUUACAAUGGAUCUGCACCAAAAAGAAAUUCAAGGAUUUUUUGAUUGCCCAGUUGACAAUCUGAGAGCAUCACCUUUUCUCAUUCAGUAUAUUCGGGAAUCCAUUUCAGAUUACAGAAAUGCUGUCAUUGUAGCACGUAAUCCUGGUGCUGUAAAGAGAGCUACCUCAUACGCUGAACGACUUCGAUUAACUAUCGCUGUUAUACAUGGAGAAGAAAAAUCUCCAGAAUCGGAAAAAGAUGAUGGUCGAAAUUCACCUCCUUUACCAGAGGUCGAACAAAGGAGAAUAUCUAAUUUCAACAUGGAAUUUUUGCCAAAGUUACAAGCAAAAGAAAAACCUCCCAUAAGUGUUGUUGGUGAUGUUGGAGGUCGAAUUGCUAUUCUAGUAGAUGAUAUGAUUGACGACGUUCAAGUAUUUGUAGCUGCAGCCGAAUUAUUAAGAGAGAGAGGAGCUUAUAAAAUUUACGUGAUGGCUACUCAUGGUCUUUUGUCAGCUGAUGCACCACGUUUGAUUGAAAAUUCACCUAUCGAUGAAGUGGUUGUCACAAAUACCGUUCCGCACGAAAUGCAAAAGAUGCAGUGCCACAAGAUCAAGACUGUUGAUAUAUCUGUACUACUUUCUGAGGCAAUACGAAGAAUGCACAACCAAGAGAGCAUGUCCCAUCUAUUCCAGAAUAUAUCUGUUGAUGACUAGAUGUGACAAACAUGAACAACUGGCACACGUAUCUUAGUAUGUAAUUAUACAAGUGUAUACAUAGAUAUAUAUUUAUAUGCAAUUUAUGUAAAUAUAUGUUAUAUGUACUCUUACAUUAUAUCAAAUGUAUUUUGCAUAUACAAUGCUAUAGAUAUACAGUAUGUAUAUGUCUACAUACUAUAUACACAUAAAAUCUGAAGAAAUUGCUAUUUUUGAAAUAAUUAUUUAAUUACUAUAUUCAAAAUAGUCCUUUAAUGUCUUCCGUUUCCAAGUCAAUGUCGAUGUCAUAGAAACAAGGUCUUGUUGGUAGUCCAGGCAUAGUACUCAUCUGAUAAAAGCAAAAUAUCAAGAUAUGAAAUAAUCUUAAAGAAGUAUGUUUUCUUUGAGAGAAUAAGGAGAGAUCUUACCUUUCCUACUAAUGGAUAUAUAAAACCAGCUCCAACACUUGCUCUAACAUCUGAUAUUGGAAGUGUAAAACCUUUUGGUGAUCCUUUUAAUUGUGGGUUAUCGGAAAGGGAUAAAUGAGUUUUGGCCAUGCAAAUCGGUAGAUUAUUAAAACCCUGUUUUGAAAUAUUGUAAACACAAAUAUAAGACUAAAGUGUGCCGAGUUACCUGCUUCUUGUAUCUGUUUAAACGUUCAGUUGCCAUUUCACUAAAUGUAACCCCAUCUGCUCCGUAUAUUUUCUUAGCAAUAAUCCCAAUUUUGUCCUCUAAAGGCAGCUGUUUGAACAAACAGAAAGACAAAUUUGAUGUCAAUAAAAUGAAAACAUUC